AUGGCUGGUCCUGAAGAAUGGCUAGCUACGAUAAGAACAUGUCAGUAUUUACAUGAAAAUGACAUGAAAAAACUUUGCGAAAUGGUCAAAGAGUUACUGUUGGAGGAGUCAAAUAUACAGCCUGUGCACGCACCCGUUACCGUCUGCGGCGACAUUCACGGGCAAUUUUAUGAUCUAUUAGAACUGUUUCGUGUCGGUGGUGAGAUCCCUGAUACUCAUUACAUAUUCAUGGGUGACUUUGUAGAUAGAGGUUAUUACAGUUUAGAAACAUUCACUCUAUUGAUGGUUUUGAAAGCAAGAUAUCCUGACAAGAUUACUCUUCUGAGAGGAAAUCAUGAGAGCAGACAGAUCACACAAGUUUAUGGAUUCUAUGAUGAAUGUCAAACAAAGUACGGAAACCCAAAUGUCUGGAAGUAUUGCUGUCAAGUGUUCGACUACCUAACUUUAGCUGCUAUCGUUGAUGGUCGUAUUCUGUGUGUUCACGGCGGGUUGUCACCCGACGUUAGAACAUUGGACCAAAUAAGGACGAUACCAAGGGCUCAGGAGAUUCCACAUGAGGGUGCCUUUUGCGAUCUGAUGUGGUCCGAUCCGGAAGACAUUGAAACGUGGGCUGUUAGUCCACGGGGAGCCGGUUGGCUAUUUGGCGCAAAAGUGACGAACGAGUUCAACCAGGUUAAUGAUCUGAUUCUGAUAGCUCGCGCUCAUCAGUUAGUACAGGAAGGUUACAAAUACAUGUUUCCAGAUGACAAUUUAGUCACCGUAUGGUCGGCGCCAAAUUAUUGUUACCGUUGUGGUAACGUGGCGUCUAUCAUGGCGAUUGACGAGAAGUUGCAAAUUGAUGAAAACAGUUUUAAAAUUUUCAACGCUGUCCCGGAUCAAGAACGUUCUAUUCCACAAAGGGCUGGUGUCGGUCAAUAUUUUAUUUGA